UGAACUUCAACUCGGUGCUUUAGCAAUAGAGCUUUAAUUUAACGUGUUGAGAUCAUCGUUGCCUAUAAAUCGAAAAAGUUAGCAAAACUACAGUGCGGCUAGGAUGAUGAAUUCGAACAAAAAUCUUCCGACAAGCUGUGAUAGGUCUUCAAGUCAAAUCUCAAUAUAUAACUAUCCUGAUCACUUAAAUCCAUUUCACGAAGAGGACAAUCAUAAACGUUUGCGCUUUUGGAAAUUAUCAAAACGCGAUGAUGACAGCAGACGAAGAAGUUUCUCUAUAGGAAAUCUGCGAGACGUUUGGAAUUUUAGGUCAUUUACCUUAAAAAAAAAGUCAUCUACUUUGGGAAUUCAAAAAACAUCUGAAAGUCCUCCUGUUUUGCGAAGAAAUUAUGACUUAAAUAGAUCGUAUCAACAACCAGGACAACAGGCAGCUGGAAAUAGAGGUUUAAUCCGAUCUUUACAGAAUGUUAAUACCUCUCUAGAGGGGGACUCGAGCAGAAUAAACAGUAGUCCGAUAUACCGCGGUAGCGGUAGAUUUUAUAGAUGUUUGACACCACAACUUCAAAACAACCAUACGAUCAGAUCUUCGAAUUCUAGUCUCGCAAGCACUAAUCCAUUUGAAACAGAUAUUGAUUCGGAUGAUACUUAUGGAGGAAAUGUAACAGAUACCAAUGUUAGAAAAUCACACAGAAAAAAGAGGAAAGCUCCCUUACCUCCAGUUAGAAAUGUGGUCGGCAAACCUGCUGCGGAUUCUGUUCAAGAAAAAUCAACGGAAACCUGUCAGUCACCGACAGAAGUUGACAUAAAAUCACUUACAGUAGAAAUUGAAAGAUUUGUCAAUCAAUCAAAUGAGAUUUCUACUAAUAAAACGAGUGCAUUGGAGUCUUCUCAGGAACCGGUUGCUCGAAACACCGGCACCGUAGAAAUAAGCCAACGCACCGGCGAAGAUGCCAAGAACAUCACUUCGAAACAAAAACACGUUAAUAUCGAUACGGAAAAGGGCAAUCCCAAAGAAGAAGUUACUAUAAAUAUUGAGUAUUUGCCAACGUGCAAACAGGUCGACCAAAAUGAAAAUGAAAACUGUAAUAGUCAAAGUACUCAUAAUACUUUUGGGAAGAAUAGCAAUAUAAUUUAUAGUCAAAAACAUGUUAAUAUUGAUACAAAAAGGGAGAUUUCUAAAGAGGUAAUCAUACCAUCUACACCAAAUGUAAAGCAUUUGCCAAAUGACGAGCAGCCAGUUGUUACAGAACAUAGUAAUCAAAGUACUUCUAAUACUUUUGGAAAAGAUCCACCCAAUAUCACUCCUAGACAAAAACAUGUGAAUAUUGAUACGAAAAAGAACAUUUCUAAACAGGAAAUUAUACCCGUUGCACCAAAUGUAGAGCAUCUGCCAACGCCCGAGCAGACAGAUAAAAAACAACCAGUUAAUGUGCACAGUAAUCAAAUUAAAAUCAUAGAACAUAACAAUCCAAGUACUUCCAAUAUUUUAGGAAAAGAUUUCAAUAAAAUCACUCCUAGACAAAGUCAUGUUAAUAUUAAUACGAAAAAUGAGAUUCCUAAAGAGGACGUUAUACCAGUUAUACCAAAUAUAAAACAGUUGCCAAAUUGCGAGCAGCUGGUUGUUACAGAACAUAGUAAUCAAAGUACAUUUAAAACUUUUGGAAAAGAUUCACCCAACAUUACUCCCAGACAAAAACAUGUUAAUAUUGAUACGAAAAAUGACAUUUGUAAAGAGGAAAUUAUAACAGUUGUAACAAAUGUAGAGCAUUUGCCAACGUCCGAUCAGACAGAUAAAAUACAAGUUGUUAAUUUGCACAAUAAUCUAAUUAAAGUCACAGAUAAUCAAAGUACUUCAAAAACUUUAGAAAAUGAUUCAAAAAAUAUAACUUUCAAACAAAAACAUGUUAACAUUGAUACAAAAAAGGUAAUUUCUAAAGAGGAAAUUAUACCUAUUAUAGCAAAUGUAGAGCAUUUGCCGACGAGCGAACAGCCAGAUAAAAAACUGAAGGUUGGCAAUGUGCACCGUAAUCUUAUUACGGUCACAGAAGAUGGUAAUCAAAGUACUUCAAAUAUUUUCGGAAAAGAUCCCUCAAAUAUCAUUUCUAAACAAAAACUUCUUAAUGUUGAAACGAAAAAGCAGAUUUCAAAGGAGGAUAUUGUACCAAAUGUAGAUUAUUUGCCAACGUGCGAGCAGUUAGAAAGAAAACAGCAAGUUGUUAAUAUGAACACAGAACAUUGUGAUCAAAGUACUUAUAAUACUUUAGCGAAAGAAUCGUUUUAUAAAAAUAAUAACAACAUCGUUCAAGGUUCAGAGUACUUGAAUGAGCCGUUAACAAUUCUUGAAAAUUCAGAGAUACAUACUGAAAAUUCAGAAGGAAAAUUUAAAUCGGCUAAGCCAAAAUCGGUUAAAGAAAUAAUUGAUUCUAUAAAUCGUAGUCAGAAGCUCCUGAAAGAAAGCGCAGCUAAAGGGACCCAUGUAUAUUCUACGUCUUUGUAUCUUCCAAACGAUAUAACACCGAUAGUUGAUCAGAACGAAAACAGUCAUGAAGUCUGUACAAAUAUUUCUAAUGGUAAUUCAAGUUUGGAUAAUCCGUUACCUUUGCAACCGAGUUACUUUCAAAAAAGCAGAAUAAAUAAAGAGGUAUUUCAAUGUAGGGAGUCCUCGCCAACAACAUCGAACUUGGAUUGGAAUCCUUUGCCAAAACCAAAGAGAAUUAAUAGUGAUUCAACAAAUUAAGAUAGAGUACUUUAACUGAAAAAAAAACAUGUAAUUUCCUAUGAUGUUAAUUUCCGAUUCAUUUUUAUUUAAUUUUAUGAAUAACGCGCAACAACGUUUCUUUCUAUAUAAUAGAGUUUUGUAACUUGACUAUUGUUGUACACUAUGUAAUUAUAUUUGAAAAAAAUUAAUAUACAAAUGGCCGCAGUGGCCCUGCUCUCAUUA